AAAACUAAACCGGAAGUUAUUUAUGGAACCACCAUGUGAGGUUCGCCGGGUAUUGAUUUACAGUUAUUGCAUAGUUUAGCUAUUUAUAUUUCGAACAUAAUUCCCCAUAUCUUAAGUGAACUAAAAAUGCUAAAAGAAGCGCAGGAAGGGCAGACUACUGUUGUCUGUAAUUUGCUUGCUGUCUCUGUCACGUAUUCAUUUGAGCCAGUGGGAAGAUGGUUUGAAGCAUUUGUAAAGAGGAGAACCAGAAAUGUAUCUGCUUCUUUCCAAGAGCUGGAGGAUGAGAAGGAGCUCUCCGAAGAGUCUGAAGAUGAAGAAUUGCAGUUGGAAGAAUAUUCCAUGCUGAAAACUUUGGAUCCUAAGGACUGGAAGAACCAGGAUCAUUAUGCAGUUUUAGGAUUGGCGCACUUGAGAUACAAAGCAACUCAAAAGCAAAUUAAAGCAGCCCGUAAAGAAAAAGUUUUAAAACAUACUAGAGACCGAAAAACCUGUGCAGGUGAGGACUUAGGUUAUGGAAAUUAUGAUUUUUUUUCAUGUUUUGAAAAAGCUAAUGAAAUUUUAUCUGACCCUGUGAAGCGACGAGCCUUUGACAGUGUGGAUCCAACAUUUGACAAUUCUAUACCAUCGAAAAGUGAAGCAAAGGAUAACUUUUUUGAAGUUUUUGCACCUGUUUUUGAGAGAAAUGCUAGGUGGUCAAAUAAGAAAAAUGUACCUCGUUUAGGAGAUAUGAAGUCAUUAAUUGAAGAUGUCGAUGCUUUUUAUUCAUUCUGGUAUGAAUUUGAUUCAUGGAGGGAAUUUUCAUACUUGGAUGAGGAGGAAAAAGAAAAGGCAGAAUGCCGAGAUGAACGAAAGUGGAUUGAAAAGCAAAACAGAGCAGCCCGUGCCCAAAGGAAAAAAGAAGAAAUGAAUAGGAUAAGAACAUUAGUUGACACUGCAUAUAACUGUGACCCACGGAUAAAAAAAUUCAAAGAAGAAGAAAAAGCAAGGAAAGAAGCAGAAAAGAAAGCUAAGGCAGAUGCUAAGAAAAAAGAACUUGAAGCCAAAGAAAAGCAAAAGCAAGCAGAACUUGAAGCAGCACGGUUAGCUAAAGAAAAGGAAGAUGAAGAAGCCAGACAACAAGCCAUACAAGCGAAAAAAGAAAAGGAAACCCAGAAAAAAGCAAUUAAAAAAGAGAGGCAAAAGUUACGAGUCUUCUGCAAGAACUGGAAUUACUUUUUUAAUGAAGAGGCAGAGAGUGUUAAGAUGAUGGAGGAGGUAGAGAAGCUGUGUGAUCGUCUUGAACUUUCAAGUUUGCAGUCUUUGAAUGAAGUACUGGCGUAUGCAACCAAGGAAGAUGCAAAAGCUGCAGUGGAAAAAGAGAUAGAGGAGGUCAACGCACAAAUACAAAAAGAGAAGGAAGAGGCUGAAGCCCAACUACGUCAGGCUUCAAGGAGUGCAGAACAGUCAUCUGGUGGAAGUGGAAGUAAAAACUGGCCAGAUGAUGAUUUGCAGCUGCUGAUCAAAGCUGUGAACCUUUUUCCUGCUGGAACUAACUCAAGGUGGGAAGUCAUUGCCAAUUACAUGAAUUUACAUUCAAGCAAUGGAAUUAAGAGGACCGCUAAGGAUGUUAUCGGCAAAGCUAAGAGUUUACAAAAACUUGAUCCUCAACAAAAAGACGAUAUUAAUAAAAAAGCAUUUGAUAAGUUUAAAAAGGAGCAUGCUGCUGUACCACCAACUAUAGAUAAUGCAGUUCCGUCAGAACGGUUUGAAGGCCCAGGUGGAGAGAAUUCAUCUCCCUGGACAGCAGAUGAACAGAAACUGUUAGAGCAAGCAUUAAAAACGUACCCAGUAAACACUCCUGAAAGAUGGGAAAAGAUAGCCGAAGCUGUGCCUGGCAGAUCAAAAAAGGACUGUAUGAAACGAUAUAAGGAACUCGUUGAAAUGGUCAAAGCAAAGAAAGCCGUUCAAGAACAACUAAAGUCUAAAAAAUAAUGUGCACAGUCAGUCUUGUGUUGUCUUUAUUUUAUAAUAAACAAUAAAAAUAUA